UCGGCACUUGUAAAAGAGAAACGACGAGCCCUAUACAUCUUUUUUCAUCAUUUUUCAUUCUGAGUGAGGCAAGAUGCAGAUUUUCGUUAAAACCUUAACGGGUAAAACCAUUACAUUGGAGGUUGAGCCCAGUGACACUAUCGAAAAUGUCAAGGCCAAGAUCCAGGACAAGGAGGGUAUUCCCCCAGACCAGCAGCGUUUGAUCUUUGCUGGUAAGCAGUUGGAAGAUGGUCGUACGUUGUCUGACUACAACAUCCAGAAGGAGAGUACUCUCCAUUUAGUUCUACGUUUGAGGGGUGGUAUCAUUGAGCCCUCUUUGGUCAUUUUGGCUCAAAAGUACAACUGCGACAAGAUGGUUUGCCGUCGCUGUUACGCACGUCUUCCUCCUCGUGCCACUAACUGCCGCAAGAAGGGUUGUGGUCGUUGCAGUCAGCUUCGUCCCAAGAAGAAGAUUAAGGGUGGUAGCUGAGCGUUCGAUGACCUUUUGCUCGUUGUGCAUAAUGACACAAUCAACUUAUCGGCGU